GCAAAAGCAAAAGGAAAAAGUAGGGAAGUGAUAAGAGAUUGGUGGAAGUGGGUCAUACAGUACAAGAAACCAGAGGUCCAUAUCUAACCAAUCCUAACCCUCUCCGGAUAAGAGAAGAAUCCACAAUAUCACAUUUCCAUUGGCCCUCAUUCCUUCUUCUUUCACCCAAACAAACCACUUUCCCAAGCAACCCCAACUCUCCACACAAAAGAACUGAAAAACUAUCUCAAAGACCCCCUAAUUCUACAGAAAUGGCAGCAGCAAUGGCGACCCUGGCAACCCUCAACGCCAAGUGCCUAUCCCAGACCAAAACCCAAAUCCCCAUUUCCACAACCAAGCUCACCCACCCCUCGCCCAAACCCAUUUCCUCAAUCUCCAUCCCCAACCUCCUCCCCAAAUCCCUAACCCUAACAGCAAGCUCUGCCCUCGCCGGCGCGGUGUUCUCCACCCUCGGGUCAUCCGACCCGGCCUUCGCGGCCCAGCAGCUGGCCCAACUCGCCGAAACCACCGGCAGCGACAACCGCGGAAUCGCCCUCCUCUUACCCUUGAUCCCCGCCAUCGCGUGGGUCCUGUUCAACAUCCUUCAGCCGGCGCUGAACCAGAUCAACAGGAUGCGGUCCAAGGGGCUGGUUGUUGGGCUUGGGCUCAGCGGCGGGCUGGCGGCGGCAGGGAUGGCGGUGGCGCCAGAGGCGUCCGCGGCGGUGGAGGAGAUUGGGAGGAUUGCGGCGGCGACGGAGGGGAGCGACAGCAGAGGACAGCUGCUGUUGAUUGUGGUGGCGCCGGCAAUUCUGUGGGUGCUUUACAACAUCUUGCAGCCGGCGUUGAACCAGCUCAACAGAAUGAGAUCUGAUUGAGGAUCGGGAUUUUCUGGAAGAUUUGGUUGGCGCCCUUGGUUUAAUGCAUUUGGGGGGUAAUCUCUGGAUAUAUAUAAGAAAUGAAUUUGUAAUUUUGAACUGUGGUUAUAUGGAAAGUGCAUCUGCGUUCAUGUAUGUGUUCGUUUUGUUCUUAGCUUCUUGGCCUUCCUGUUUGUUUCUGUAGAUAAUCACCGCAUUUUCACUGAAUCUCGUUGCAAAAAGGAAUUAUAGGUCAACGGCACCAUUUGGCACGUUCGAAAUCGAAUGCCGUUAAUAGUUUAAACAUUGUCUUACAUUUUCUAAUUAAUUAGCUUUAAGGGUUGGGAUCUACUCCUAAUAUGUGUUGUUCGAAGGCUUGGAAUAUUUUUCAUUGAAUUGUAUUGAGUAUCAACUAUUAAGUUAGUAUCCAAACACAAACCAGAAAACGUUGGGCUCAUUAGAUGAGUUUAACCGAGUUCUGGAUGAAGAAGACGAAAAUGAGCAUUUCCUUAUCCGUCCAAUACUUAGUUAUCAAAUGCAUGAUGAAAAUUUGUGGUCGUUUUUUUUACAAAAUUACCAAAAAGUUGAGGUUUCGUAUAAAAGAAUAAAAUCUAA